UGUCAUAUUUUUCCAAGGUCUGUCCUGGAGGAGCAUCAAAUUCAGUUAUCCAGCAGAGCUAUUCAAGUUCUCAUUAAGCGUUUUAAAGAUACCCGUGGAGUAGGAGUGUCUUAUGUACCUCUGUGCAAAUAUUUGGAAGAUGUUCAGCUUCAGACAGGCCGUGACAGUGUUCAGAGAAGCAAAACCUCAAAAUGGCAACAAUUCAAUUUUCAGCAUGCUGAUGACCAAGAACUCAUUACAAAAAUAGAAAAGAUAUUUUUAAAUCAUGACCUAGACUUUGAAAUCGAAGAACUGCGCAAGAAAAUAAAGGAAAGAGAAAGAGGACAGAACUUGAUAUCAAAAAAAGAGCUAGCCAAGAUAUGCCUUGAGAUAGGAGUACCGUUGCAUGGCUCGUCCCUCAAUCAGCUUCUGUCAAGAUGUGAUGAUGAGAACAAUGGAAUGGUGAACUGGCCAGAAUUUCUGCAAUUCCUUGCUGCUGCACUAGAAGGAGCUCGAGAAACACUGAAGAGCAGCGUACAGCCUGACCUCAAAGCAGACGCUUCCAGUCUGCUGCAAAUAUGGGACAAAACAGGAAGAGAAAAGGACACUUCUGGUCUGCCUGCAGCUUCUGCACUUCAUAAGCCUUCCACAGAUUGUUCACCCAAGACAGAUGACUUUAGUUUAAUUUCUAAAAAUGUACAUAAUGAAGAGGUGCAAGAUGCAAAGAUGAAGAAUCUGGAUGGAGAAGGUCACUCAGUAUCUUUGGAGAACUGUGUGGGCAAUGAUUUAGGAACCCAGUGGAAAACUCAGACAACUUUAAAGCACAACCAAGGAAUCAAAGUCAGAAGGAAAAUAAACAUCGCUUCUGUUUUUAGAUGGAGGCAAAAACAAGAGCAAACACUAGUCAACAAGCACUCUUCAGGCUGUAAGAAACUUCACCUCUCUCUGUGUUCUCUUGUUAAAGGAGCGGUGAGUGCCGACUCUCUGUCUUUCUCUGAAAAAUGGAAGAGACCUUCUUGGCUUUUCAACUCAAUCAAAGCAGCUUUAACUGGAUUCAGUGGAGGUGCACAAACAGGGAGUGAUGAAUCCAAAUCGGACUCAGAGUUUCUGUCAGUAACUGAAUCAGAAGACCUUGGCUGUCUGGGGCAGGCCGUCAGCUUGCAGUGGGAUGCAGAAGAAAGCACCGACUACUCUGGAGUAGAAUCUGUGGAAAGUGAAUUAGAUGGGAGUGUUUUAACAUAUUGUGUCCCAGAGAAGUUCCAGUGCCCAGGACCUUGGCUCAAGACACCGCCACACUGCAGACUUGAACUCGAGUGGGUGUAUGGAAUCGGUGGACCUGACUGUGGUAGUAAUCUGCUUUGCAGUAAAUCUGGCAAACUGGUAUACUUUAUCAGCUGCAUUGGAGUAGUUUUUAAUGUUACAGAAAAGACACAGAAGCAUUAUUGUGAACAUACAGCUAAAAUUACAAGCCUUGCACUUCACCCUGAUGGUGACACUGCUGCUACUGGCCAAGCUGAACAAAAGAAAAGCAUACUAGGAAAAGCUCACGUUCGAGUUUGGCACCUGGAAAGCUUACAAACCCUGCAUGUGAUUGGAAUGCACACCUUUAUGUCAUCGGUCACCAGCAUUGGCUUCUCAUACUCGCAGGCUCUUCUGGUUGCCAUUGACAGCAGACGUGUCCAGCUCAUGGCAGUGUGGGACCUUAGCAUGGCAUGCAUGGUGGCCAAAUGUAAAAUUGGUACUGCCGAGCAGUCAGCGCAAGUUACUAACGUGCGGUUUGGAAUGAAGAACGCAGGGAGCCUGCUUACAGCUGGAGAAGAGCAUCUGGUCUGGUGGAAGAUUGACAGGGAGACCGGAAGGAUUGUGGAGCGUCAGAAAGCAGAUUAUCAGAAAGAGUUACGACCCAAAUGUAUCACAUGUUUGCUCUACAGCGAGAAGGGGGAUCUCAUUACAGGUGACUCCAAUGGAAAUGUGUACGUGUGGCCAAGUGGAAGCAACACAAUCUCCCAUUUCAUCCGCCAGGCGCACGAGGGGCCCAUUCUCUCUCUCUGCCUCCAUCAAAACAUGCUUUUAACGACGGCCAGAGAGGACAACGUUCUUGUUUGGCACUGGGGCAAGACAUUUGAAUGCUUCCGGCUUCUUAAGGUAAACUCUUAAAAAGUUUAGGCUCAACUUAUCUGAUCUACCAAAAACAAAAAUCUGUUCACACUUUGGUGCAACAGCUUAGAAAAUUGGGAAUGUGCCUUCAGUCAAAUGAAGAGGUUGUCUCCAGUAGGGAGCAACAAGC